CACACCAAGCACAGGAUCCCUCAUCCAGCUCUCCUGCCUUCUCCUCCUCGGUGACACAGGUGCUCCUCCAGCCACAGCCAUGUCCUGCUACGACCUGUGCCGGCCCUGCGGCCCCACCCCGCUGGCCAACAGCUGCAACGAGCCCUGUGUCCGGCAGUGCCAGGACUCCCGGGUCAUCAUCCAGCCCUCCCCCGUGGUGGUCACCCUGCCCGGGCCCAUCCUCAGCUCCUUCCCCCAGAACACCGCCGUGGGAUCCUCCACCUCCGCCGCCGUGGGCAGCAUCCUGAGCGAGUCCGGGGUCCCCAUCAACUCGGGGGGCUUUGGGCUCUCGGGGCUCUCUGGCCUCGGUGGCCGCUACUGUGGCCGCAGGUGCCUGCCCUGCUAGAGCCGGGCCGGACGUCCAGCCAGUGCCUCCGCCAGGAAGCCCCAGGCCAGGGGCCGCACUGAGGCCGCAGCUGCUGGCCAGCGUUUCCAGAGGCCUUGGGCCCCCUCGAGCCCUCCUCCUGCCAAGGA